AUGUCCACCAAAUACCCCCCGCCCGCCUACCCCCCACCCGCGCACCAAGACGCCGGACCCUACUACCCGCCGACCCAGCAACAACAACAACAACAAGGCCCCUACCACACGGGCGCGCCGACCCCGUACCAGUACAACGGGGGCAACGCGCCCGGCUACGGGGGCCAGGACCGCGGGGGUGGGUGGGUGGGUGCGGCGUCAUGCUGGAUGCAAUUUCGUGAUGAGCGGGAUGACACGGCAGGCGCAGGGGAGUUUGAUUCGGACUUGUAG